AUGCACUUUGGUGCAACGACUACCCAACGUGUUGAAGGUGCGCAUUCAGCCAUGAAGCAUGCAAUCAAAACCUCAGGAAAUUUGACGAAAGCUUUUAAUUCUUUGGACCGAUGGUUGCGUUUGCAUCAUGAAGAGAAUUCACUACAAUAUGAAAAUGAAAGCAUAAGCAUUGAUCCAUUGUUAGCACAAGAGGAUAAGGAUCGAUUAGAGCCACUUUUAGGAAAAGUAUCACAAUUUGCACUGAAUAAGAUUAAGAACGAACUUCUCAGCACGACUGCAUAUAAAGCUUGCUUUUUUUCUGACGAACAGCAAAAGACUGCUCUUUUAAACAAGCUUGAUGAUAUUUUGGCGGUUCCAGAAGUUAAACUUUCUGAUAUAAAGGUACCAGAAAAGAUUGUAGGAAAAGGCCGUCCUUCUGGAACAAAACGAUUACCGACUGCAUUAGAGCAUCAAAGUUCGAAGAUUUUAUUAAAUUAUCGCAUUCCAGCUAAUGAUAUAGACCAGAUAUACAAUCCGCUAAAUGAUGGUAAUUGUGGGUUUUGUGCACUUGCUUUUGCUAUCAGAGGAAAUGAAGAAAAUUGGGAUCUCAUUAAAUUAGCAAUGAACAAUCAAUUAAGUAAGCGAAUGGAGGUUUACAAAGACUGGUUAGGCUACAACACUGACUCGCUUAAAUGGAUAUUAGAAUUUCGAGCAUCACCUUGUCAACCUUCACAAUGGUUUGUAUCACCAGAUUGUGCUCAAUUGGCUGCCAGCACAUUUGCUGUUCCUAUUGCUAUCUUUGAUGAGAAAAAUGAACAGAGUAUGUUGUUCUUUCCAUUGGAAACACCACCAGUGCAUCGAAAAACCUCGAUUAUCUUACAUUUCAUAAAUGGAAACCAUAUUGUAUAUGUAGGUAUGAAAAGUUAUGCAAAGAUCAAUUGGCCAGCAGUUAAUGUUCAGCAUAUACCAUUAUGUCGUAAAUAUGGUAUUGAAGACCACUGGUCAAAACUUUUUGCAUAA